UCUCUUCACCGCUCAGUACACGUUCAGACAUCGAAAGGUGAGGUUAAUAACGAUUUCGAUCGUUCCACGCGAAAGCAAGACCCGAGGUCGAUAAAUUGAUCCAUUGACAAGGAUUCAUCGCCACUGAUCGCUUCGAAUGCAGUGAUACCCCCGAGAGACCGAUUGGAACACGUUGUAGCGCGCGCACGCCUGUUCGAUUCAAAGUUGGCAUUUCGAGAAAAUUCGAGCCGCGUUGACGGAACCGUCGUUUACAUCGAAGCCAAGUGAUUCAGUUUCCCCGCUAAUUGCAGCGAUCCAGUGAGAGAAGGGAAGACCCGACGCUUCGUUUACCUUCGUUCAAAGGUACAUAUCCCGCGCGAAGCGGCCGAGCUACGAAAGCCAGAGCGGCGGACAGCGUAAUCGCAGGAGAAAAAAAUAAGGGUUAUUGUACCUCGAUAAUUCGUUCGAAGGAGAAUCGUGAAUCGAGUUAAACCGUCCAGCCACGCCUAUGGAGUCGCGAUGAGCCCCUCGAACGCAGAUUGAGGUUAUCCGUCGCGUCGAAACGAUCCGCCGGAUUUAAGUGCGUCCGUUGGUGCGUAGCGUGCAUCGAUUUUAUUUGUACACACUGUACGUCACGUGCGUGCGUGUUCACCGGAGGAGUGCCAGCCCGACAGAGAGGAAUAAUGUCAAGCAGUGUUUGCCACGCGCCCCUGCCAGCACGAAUGGAAGCGUUCACAACGCGGCUCUGUCUCCGUGCUGCCGACCAAUAUGAACGGCUUCUGCAAGCUCACUUCAAUAAGCCCUCGAAGAAGGAGCAAACGCGGUUGAACCAUAACUCGAACCAGAAGGAGCAUCGAAGGCAGAAGGAUGCGUCCUCCAGCAGCACCUACAGCGCGUUCCGGCAAUGGCGGCGUUCGACCUCCGCGGGGUCGAACCGGUCGAACAGCGUCGGUUCGAACUCGACCGGAGCUCACCCUAAGGUCCCCACCGAUCCGUUGACCAUCCAGAAAAUGGAACAGUUCCCGAUGGUCCUGUCCGACGCCACCAUACCCGAGGAAGACCUCUCGUUGAAGUUUCUAGCGCUGGUACCGAUCAUCCUAGCACCUAUUAAAUUCGAAAACGCGUUGGAUCUAACGGCGCCAGCCAGCGAUGUUCUACUGAAGAACAGAUUGAAGUCCUGGUUCCAGUUAUCUGGCCAUCCGGAUGGCUUCGCGCCAGCCGGACCCGGCACAGUUUGGAAGAGAAAGACUGGAGGCGCAGAGAACACUGAGAGGAUCGUCUACGAGGCUCUCAGCAAGGACAAGGAGCUGCGCGAUUGCGUGCCAAGAUACUAUCGGGAAGUGGAGUACAAAGGGGAGACGUUCAUCGAACUGCAGGAUCUGCUGUUCGGCUUCAACGACCCACACGUGAUGGACAUCAAGAUGGGAACGAGAACGUUCCUCGAAUCCGAGGUGUCCAAGACGACCGCCAGACCGGAUCUUUAUCAGAAGAUGAUCGCCGUUGAUCCUAACGCGCCGACCCAGCAGGAACACGAGCAGCGUGCCGUGACUAAGUUACGGUACAUGCAGUUCCGUGAGCAGCAGAGCUCGACCUGCAGUCACGGUUUUCGAAUCGAGGCGAUGAAAUUGCCGGGCGCGCCGCCGAUCACUGAUAUGAAGAAAGUGAAGUCGCAUCAGGAAGUUCUAGACACCAUGAAGCACUUCCUGGGCACCGGCGAGACCACGCGCGAGAAGCUGCUUGUUCGUUUGAAGAAUCUCCGGUCGAAGAUCGAGGCCUCUGAAUACUUCAAGACUCACGAGAUCAUUGGAAGUAGCAUCUUCAUGAUCUACGACAAAGAUAAAGUUGGCGUGUGGGUGAUUGAUUUUGCUAAAACGCAAGCACUACCAAAUGGGCUGAUAAUGACACACAGAAAGCCAUGGGAGCAGGGCAAUCAUGAAGAAGGAUUUUUGUUCGGUCUCGACAAUUUAAUUUCAACGAUAGAAGAAGUCGAUGUUUCACAGGCUGCAUAAUUUGUAUAUUAUCGUCGUAAAUCGAUCGAAUUGUAUUUAAAAGUUAAUCAAGGAGUAUUCGAUUUUCUCGUAGGAAAGUUUUAGAUCAUUUAUUCGUUUUACAAAUACUUUCUUUUUUAACCGAAUUUAUACCUAAGAUUUUGUAAUACUGGCCAUUUAACGAACGCUCUACCGUCGAAUCAGUGUUGUUCAAAUUUUCUGCAGAAGACUUUCUCACCUCUGCACUCAAAGAAAUAGACUGUACGCAUAUUCAAAAUUAUUUGAGAUAUUUUCAAGCGAUCUGAGGUAAUUUGACUAACACUGAUAAAUAUGAUAGGUAUUCAAAGUGGAAGACUGCUUGCUACUGCAUUUUUCUAUAAAGAUUUUUAGUCGAGGUAGUUUCAUGAAUGCAACUUCGCAUUAUAAUUAGAAGGUGUACAAAGUUUAUAACUAAUGUACAAACGUAGUGAAUUAAAUGUAAUCGUUUAAACAUUAUUUAUGAAACAUAGAUGUUAGGUAUUCGCGCAUUAUCAUAUAAUUAUCAAUGAAAUACUCGUCGCAAAGUGCGAUAUCGAUUUCUCAUACUUCUGCUUUAAAUGACUUUCUUCUUUAACGUUUAAAGGGUUUCGAAGAGAAUAACUCGAAUAAAAUAUUUAUUCUUUUCGCAUUAAAUUAAGAAUUGUACAGAAUAAAAUAUUAUUGCAAAUAUUACGCAAUAAAUACGAAGACUGUUGUAAAAGGAUGUAAACAUAUAUUUCAACAAGUGUUCAAAAUCAUAAUCAAAAUUCUUUGAGAAGCGAUUCAUCUUAAAAUCUUUUGGAUCGCGCACUUUUUGUUGAUACUAUGUUUUAGAACUGCUAAAUAAACAAAAUUUGUUUAUGUACAGAUCGGUGAUCCAUUGUUGACCCCUCAAAAGAACAUUUCUUUACACCGUGUACAUGAUAGAUAUUCUUUCUUUGAGAUUUCAAUUUCCAUAGAACUUAUUCGAUAACUGUUUCCAUAUCAAUGUCAAGUAAUUCUUCCAUGGGUCUCGGCUUUGAAUUAAUGAUGGACUCAUACCAUCGAAUUUCGGCAGCUGCUAAACAUCUUCGCCUGUAAAUAGGAUAUACUAGAUUACAGUUAUAUGUUAUCGUAUACGUAAUCAUUUUUAUAUAGAUUCGAACUACGAUAUUGUGUUAACAACUUUUCUUCAUAUUUAUACCGCUAUUGUAUGACGCUGCUAUUAUAUUUUAAAACCUAUAUACUAACAUCUCGGUUUGUAUACUUGGUGGUUUUCUUACGGGAUUCCAACCGGAAAUUGGUUUUUCAUUGGUUACCAUAGCACCUCGAAUGCAGAAAGAUAACGUAACUUUAGUUAAAUUCAAGUCCUGAAAACAUUUGUAAGAAUUACAUAAAAUUUCAGUUGUCUUAGAAAUAAUUUAAUAUAAUUUAUAUGUAAUAAUAUAUUAUUCUUUAUCAAUACUUUAUUAAGCGGAAUGUAAAAGACUGUAAUUAAAUAUAACGUAAAUAACAAACGUACACGCCAUUCAGAAUUUAAUACAUCUGCUAAACUCAAAA